AUGUUAAUGCACAGCCUAUUUUUCUUCACUUUUGGACUAAUAUUUACUGGAAACCCUUUCUGGAUAAAAGCUGUAUCCUCUGAACACAAGUCCGGACUUUCUACAUUAGAAAUAAUCAUUCCUCGAAGUCUGACAGGCAGAGAGAAACAUCCCCCAUUUUCUCAUGAGGAGCAUUCAGAUGACAAUCUUUCUUACUCAGUUAAAACCAGAAAUGGAACAUACCUCCUAAAGCUGAAGAAAAAUAAAAAGCUUCUCAGUGAUGACUUUAAGCUGUACACAUAUGGGGAAAAUGGGAAACUGCAGGCAACACUAUCCAAAAAUGAGACACACUGUUAUUAUCAUGGCACUGUUGAAGGAAUUGCUGACUCCACACUUGCUCUUAGCACAUGUGAUGGCCUUAGGGGAAUUCUCUACAUUGGAGGCAGAUGGUACGGAAUGGAGCCCCUCAACACAUCCAGCACAUUUGAACAUGUGCUUUACGAACUGGAAGAUGUGCAGGGUAUCCCCUUCCACUGUGGGGUGCUGAAUGGCAGCCUGGAGCAUGAGAAGCAGUCUGUGAAAUACACAUUUUCAUCAAACAGCACCUCCAGCAGGGACAGGCUCCUCAGGGAGAAGCGAGCUGUCCUGCCCCAGAAAAGUUAUGUAGAAUUAUUUGUGGUUGUGGAUCACAACAGGUUUUUGAUGAAGAAUUCUGAUCCUGCUGCAGUGCAAAAGGAAACAGUGGAGCUGAUUAAUUAUGUUGAUGGGAUGUAUAGAGCAUUAAACAUCCAGAUUGUUUUGGUUGGAUUAGAGAUUUGGACAGAUGCCAACCACAUAUCUGUAAUGGAUGGUUCAGCUGGAGAUGUGCUGAGUAGGUUUGUUUCUUGGAGACAGAAAGAUCUUCUGAAGCGCUCAAGAAAUGACGUUGGUCACCUCAUAAUAGGGAGAAACUCUUUCAGUGGAUCCAUUGGAAUGGCUUUUGUGGGUACUGUGUGCUCACAUGUCCAGGGAGGGUCAAUCAGCACUCUGAAUCAUAACAAAAUGUUACGUCACGCCACAGUAGUUGCACAUGAACUGGGGCACAAUCUUGGGAUGAAACAUGAUGAUAAGAGGUGUCCUGCAUCCUAUAUCAUGCACAGCACAGAUAAUGGAUCCAGGAAUUUUAGCACCUGUAGCGCUGAUGAUUUUGAGGCCUUUAUUCUGAAUGGAGGAGGAAACUGCCUUAGAAAUCCUCCCAAAACGAGUAAUGUGUACAAAGAACCUGUCUGUGGUAAUAAUGUGGUCGAUAACAAUGAAGAAUGUGACUGUGGCAAACCACAGGAAUGUUCCAACCCCUGCUGUGAUGCUGCAACCUGCAAACUCACACCUGGCUCACAAUGUGCCCAAGGACUGUGCUGCAAAAACUGCAAGUUCAGAGUGGCAGGAGCAGAGUGCAGAGCAAAACAAGAUGUCUGUGAUCUCCCUGAGUACUGCAAUGGAAGCACUGCCUACUGCCCAGAUGAUGUUUACAUCAUGAAUGGUCACCCAUGCAGCAACAGCAAGGCUUAUUGCUACUAUGGGGUGUGCCAGAGCUUUGAUUCACAGUGUGAAUCUAUCUAUGGGAAAGGGGCACGAAAAGCACCUGAUAUAUGCUUUGAAAAAGCAAAUAUUAAAGGCGAUAGGUUUGGAAACUGUGGAAUGAAAGGUGGAGUGUACAAGAAAUGCCCUGUCCAGCACAGUCUGUGUGGGAAGCUCCAGUGCACAUCUGUCAGCCUUCAAAACCUUCCAGCCUGGAGCGUUGUCAAUAACGCGUCCGGGGUUUUAUGCUGGUCCUCUGACUUUGACUUAGGAUCAGAUAUCCCUGAUCCUGCUCAAGUUCAUGAUGGGACAGCCUGUGGAGAGAACAAGGCCUGUGUAGGUUUUGAAUGUGUCGAUGCAAGAUAUCUGGGCUACAGCUGUGAUGUAAAGCAGAAGUGUAAUAAUAAUGGGGUGUGUAACAACAACGGGAAUUGCCACUGCAAUCCAGGAUGGGCCCCUCCAUUCUGUAACCAGUCUGGCUACGGUGGCAGUGUUGACAGUGGUCCAGCUCACACAGAUACAUCACUCCGGGAUGGGCUCCUGAUUUUCUUCUUCCUUGUGCUGCCUGUAGCCAUCCUCACUGCAGUAGCAGUGUUUAAACGUGAUGCAAUAAGGAGAAAACUUUGCAGGAAAAGCAGAGGACAGCACAGGAGUAACAGUGGGCAGGAACCAAAGCAAGGCAACAGAGCAAGUCAUGAAACGGGAAAUAAUCAGCCUGCUGCAUCGAGUCGCAAUAUUUUUACCAUAUUGCAUUUUCCUGGUACAAGGCAGCCAGUCCAAACCCAGCUUCCUGCAGCUUCCUCAGGACCUCAACGACCCCCAGUCCCACCUAGACCAGUUGUCUGAAAUGUUUCUUGGGAACCCUCAAUCAAUUCUCACAAGUAACUGGCCUGAAAAACAAAUUAAAGGAUUUCAAUGCUCCAGUGCUGUCCUUGUGCAGCCAAAAU